CUUUCUGGCGUGUACGGUUGAAGUCUAAGAUCUCGUGCACGUCGCGUGGACUCCAUUGAGCGUGACUCAGAGUCCAGCCUCUGAACUCAAGUUUUCGACAAUGACAAAGACCAGUUGUUUCAGAGGAAUUGUUACGCUUUAGUCUUCAAAAAUGUUGCCUUUUCUCUAUAACAUUAUUAUCGAGUAGAUUUUGCAACAAAAAAGUAUCGAGUACAUAAUUUGUGGGUGGCAUCAAUUUCCCUCAAAAUAAAAAAAAAGUAUCUUUUUCAUGUUCGAUGAAUCCAGAAGUGGAAAAUAAAUGCAACGCUUGGGUUCAGUAAACUUCAAGAAAAUUGUUUCGAUAAGACUGGAAAAGUGACGUGCAACUCGGGAGUAACAACUGUCUUUUACAUUGUGACGAGGAUUGCGUCAUGAGACAUGACAUGUCCAGUAAUCUCGAACAAGGGCUUUCUGGCCACGGUGAUUAACAUCGUAUUUAUUUUGAUCAUCCUGUGUCGAUCACAAUUAUCCUCGAAUGAAUGUCCAUCAUGGACAGAUAGUCCAUGGUGUUCAUGUUACCAGUUUGAAGAUGGACUAUUUCUAGAGUGUCCUAACACAGGACUCCCUCAGAUCCAGAAAACCCUCUCUCUGAUCACGUCUUCUGUAAAAUCCCUCAGCAUUUAUCACUUGGAUUCAAACAUUACCGAAUUACCCUCGGGUCUUUUUGGCAACACAACAAUUUUCCAUUUUCAACUUUCCUUUUCUCAGAUCAGUUCCAUUGCAGAAGACGCAUUCAUCGAAAUUCAGGACACACUCGAGAGUUUGUCCAUCGUUAACAGUCAAAUUUCAGAGAUUCCCCAAAAGGCUCUAAACAAACUACGUGUCUUGCGAACGUUAGAUCUCGACUCUAAUGUCAUCACAGAAAUCGAAAGUUACACGUUCUACAGUCUACAAUUAAUGACCCUCAACCUUCAAGGGAACCAGAUAUCGUCUUUAUCGGAGUAUGCAUUUGGUGGGUUAGAAAACACACUGGAGAAGCUUAUUCUCAUAAACAACAAACUACAACAGUUUCCUCUGAGCGCCCUACGAAGGCUUCGGAAACUUCAUACUUUAAAAUUAGUAUGGAAUGAAAUCGGAGAUAUUCCAGACGACGGUUUCACCCGACUCACGGGAUUGGAAAGACUUGAUUUAAGUUCCAAUCGAAUCCAUCACUUGCAUGACCACAGCUUUAUUACCAUGCCACGCUUGACUACCCUUUCACUGUAUAUGAAUCGGCUGACUUCUUUAGACGAUACGAUUUUCAUUUACCUACAAGAGCUGGAAACAAUAGAUCUCAGCCACAAUACCAUCAUGGCUCUCAAUGGACGACUUUUCAGGCCUUUACAGAAGUUGAAAACGGUUGACCUAAGUUUCAAUCACUUGCACUCUGUUGAACAAGGUAUUUUCCAAAACCUGACACGGCUCCAAGAAAUAAUACUCUCAAACAAUAACGUUAUCCAAAUUACCAACGAGACGUUUAUGAACUCCACCCAAAUUUCUGUUCUUUUUGCACCAAAUAAUGCGAUCACAUUUAUUGAAAGUGGAGCUCUUUACGGGCUUAAAGAUCUUUACCAGCUUCAAUUGUCUUUUAAUCUUCUCAAUGAUAUUCACCCAACUCUUUUUAAGAAUAACCACAAACUUCGGUCUCUCUCUCUGGACCAUAACCUAAUUAUUGAUCUACAGGCAGGAACAUUUCAGGAACUUGUGGAGCUUCGUGAUUUGAGACUUCAAAAUAACCUUCUGAAAAGGAUCGCAAAAGGAGUUUUUUAUUCCCUUCCUAACUUGCAGGAAUUACACUUGCAAUUCAAUAGGAUAGAAGUAAUCGAAGAUGAGGCCCUACAAAGUUUAGCAAACCUUCAGCAUUUAAAUAUUCAAGAAAAUAAGAUAAUUGAAGUAGGCGAUAUUUUAAGUAGAUAUCCAUCAAGUAUGCAUUCUCUCCUACUUAGUCAUAACAAGAUAACUACACUUCACCACAGCAGCUUACGAGGACUUAAUAAAAUGGGAAUUUUAUGGCUGAGUCACAACAAGAUCAGGAUGUUAGAGAAAGAGGUUUUCCAGGAUUUGGUAGAGGUCCAAAAACUAUAUCUAGAUCAUAACGAGAUCUCCACGAUAGAAAGAAAGACCUUUGAACGACUAAGAAGACUGACAUACGUCAAUUUAGAGCACAACAACUUAAAUCACUUGACUCCUGAGAUGUUCCAGGGAGCAGAUCAUCUGGAAGAGUUGUAUUUAUCAUUCAAUCGCAUUAUGGAUAUUGAGCCUCAAACCUUCCAACAGUUAAAGAAACUUCGAAUAUUGCACCUUGCCCACAAUCAAAUGUAUGCUAUUCGAAAAUUUAUGUUUGAAGGGCAAAUACCAUUAGAAGAGAUUGAUUUAUCUAAUGUUAUGGCUGAAGAGAUUGAAGCUGGAUCCUUCUUAGAACUUUCAGUACUUAAAACUUUAGAUAUUAGUAACAAUAAAUUAAUGGGUGCCAACGUAAAUUUUUUGUUUCUUCCUUCUCUCAGUCGUUUGGAUAUAUCAGGAAACAAUCUGAGUGGAAUGACCAACAACGUUUUCUAUGGAUUAUCAAAACUGGUGGACCUUGGAAUAGAAAAUGCUAAUCUAAAUCAUGUUACUGGUAGUCUUUUUGAGCCACUAACCCACUUGGAGGUCAUUCGGUUAGGUGGAAAUGGCUUUUUUGAUUUACAAGCUGACCAGACUUACAGUUUAAGCUUUGUUCGUGAACUAUACCUGAAUAACAAUUACAUACAAAGUGUCCCUUCUAUUGCUAUCGCAUCUAUACCAAAUCUUCAAGUGCUGUCUUUUGCUAACAAUAAUAUCGAAAAACUCAAGACCGCUAGUUUUAUGGCCAAUAGGAACAUUCAAAAAUUAAACUUAACCAACAACUCUAUAUCAGUUAUCGAACCCAAUGCAUUUCGUAACCUAACUAAUCUUCAAAAGCUUGAUUUGUCAGAUAACACCAUUAGAAGUCUAACCCCUGAUAUUUUUAAUGAAUUGAAAACUCUGGAAUGGUUAGCAUUAGACGGGAACUUGAUGUAUUUUCUACCUAAUGUUCUGUUUCGAUCCUCAUUAAUUAGCCUGAAAUUCCUCACUGUAAACAGAAAUCCGUUAAUAAGGAUUCGAGAGGACCUCAGUGCAGAUGGUGGGUUUCCUCAACUUCAGGAUUUCAGUUUGAAUCAUGGAAACAUAUCAGUAAUAGCGUCUCAUGAUUUCCAUGGUAUGCCAAACCUUUUAUCUCUUUCCCUCACUCACAAUAAAAUCAACAAAGUUUCACCAGGUGCUUUCAAACCAUUAAAUCUGCUGCAAAUAUUAGACUUGGGAAAUAAUGAAUUAGAAAUAUUACCAGAAGAAAGAUUCUACGGCUUAGAUCAAUUGAAAACAAUAAACUUAACCGAAAAUCAUCUUGUAGACUUACCACCAUUUUCUUCGAACCUAGGUUGCUUGGAAACAGUUGACCUAUCUUUCAACAGACUGACUCGACUUCAGGCUCACACCUUUCAACAGCUCUACAAAUUGAAGAUGUUGUCCCUGAGAAGUAACUCAAUUAGUAUAGUGGCGAAAGAUGCGUUUUAUAACCUCACAUCUCUGCAAGAAUUAGAUCUCUUGGGUAAUGCAUUAACGGUUCUUUCCAGCGAGGUGUUAGUUCCGGUUGAAGUACGUCUAACGGAUAUCCAACUAGCUGGUAAUCCAUUUGAUUGCAGAUGUGGUUUGUUAAGCCUAUGGGAGUGGCUACAUGAGCAUCAGCAUAUUGUAACACCAAUAAGUGGGAAUUUGAAAUUAACAUGUAUGAAUCCUAAAAAGCUUCAUGGACAAGCACUUAUAAAUCUUCAUCCUGUCGACAUUUGUCCAGCUCCACUCAUCUCGCUGUUUGAGGUUCAGCGUUUGGAUCACGACAGCUUGACAGUCCGUUGGGAUGUACAAAACGGUACACUGAUUGGUGGGUUUUUGCUGACGUACCAUUUGACAUCAGACCGAUUAUCUCAAGCAAAUGUUAAUCUUGUCUCUGUAAAACGGUCUUAUGAAGUUGAGAACUUGGAGCCCGAAACCUGGUACACGGUUUGUGUAACAGCUACAGGAAAGUACCUCAAGGUACUUCACACACCGACCCCGUACGCAGCAGACUUGGAAAACAAAUACUUGGAAACAAACAGCAAUAACAGGAAAUGCUUGCAGAUCCGAACGGUACCCAAAACUGAUAAGACUAAGAUUUCCCUGUCGACUUUAGGAAUCAUCUUAGGAAGCAGCAUUAGCGGUAUUUUAGUUCUGACACUAUCCAUUCUUUUAACGGCGAUUAAGUUUCGGAAGCGCCGACGUCCCGUUAAGAACGACAACAUUCCUCAAGAAUAUAUUUCUUAUCGACAUUUCUCAAUCCAAGAGCCAGAGGGCAUUUACUCGUGACGUUGUUGUAUGUUCUAAAGGAGUGGACUUUCCAUACUAACAUGUGUUUCAACAUGUGGUUUCGUAGCCCGUGAAGGGACGAUACUGUGAUUUCUUUACGAAAGACAAAUGAUGUGAAAAGUGUUGUAUUGAGUUGUUAUUAUCUAGUCAAUACACAGAAUAUGCUGUGUGCUAGUUUAGGUAGAGACUGAAAAUAACUUAAAACCAUCAUUAAAACUUCCUAAAGUUUCAUAUUCAACAGUGUUCUCCAUAGAACGUUUUCUCCGUGUAUCUCAGAAUCUAUUGGUAUAGUCAAUGAAAAACAUUCGAGUGCAAAUGGCAAGUAAAAUACGCCAUUCAGAAUACAUUCUACUGUUCAGAAACAAAUACUUUUUAUCUGCUCAGUGUUCAAUGUUUAGUACACCCAGCUGCUUUCUCAAUGGACAUCUUAUCUAAAAUGGAUCACAUAUUAUAGUUAAACUAACUUACAUGUUAUCCGAAUGUAGGUUGUUUUGAAGAGUUCAGUUUUCAAUGAAAUAGUGUUCUUCCUAUUCCAUUUUCAAUUGGCUGAUGUUCUGAUUGUCUUUCUACGUUGGGGUUUUGAUUUGUAAAAUAAUACGGCUACGUAUUCAGUUUUAGUCCAUCCAGGUUGUGGCGUAUAAUUGGCCAACUAAGCCUGCUGUACUCGUCAUGACAAACUGCUUUAUGGUUCUAAAAGGAUAUGACGAAGAAGAAAAAGUUGAUAUUAGUCCUGUGUUGUUUUAUCUGAUGUUUUAUUCUGACCGCAAUGUCAUCCUCGGUAACCUGCAUAUAUUUGAUAAAUAAAGAACGAAU